CUUCAUCAUCAUCAUCAUCGAAAAAGCCUUAAAAGUUCAUGAUUUCUCUCUCUAGAUUCUCUCUGUGUAUUUCGUUGUUAUCUUCCUAGAAUUCCAUGGCGAAAGGUCGGGCUUCGCGAUCAACUCUGGAUUCUUAUACAAUCAAAUCUCUCAAUAAGAUAAUACGAGCUGGAGAUUGUGUGUUAAUGAGGCCUUCCGAACCAUCGAAACCGUCUUAUGUUGCUAAGGUUGAAAACAUCGAUUCUGACAGCAGAGGAAAUAACGUUAGGGUCCAUGUUCGGUGGUACUACCGACCGGAGGAAUCAAUUGGUGGACGCCGUCAAUUCCAUGGAUCAAAGGAACUCUUCCUCUCAGAUCAUCGCGAUGUGCAAAGCGCUGACACUAUUGAGGACAAGUGUACUGUCCACACCUUCAAGAGCUAUACCAAGCUAGAUUCUGUCGGCAAUGAAGAUUUCUUCUGUCGUUUCGAGUACUAUUCAUCUACAGGAGCAUUCAAUCCAGAUAGAGUAGCUGUGUAUUGCAAGUGUGAGAUGCCUUACAAUCCUGAUGAUUUAAUGGUCCAAUGUGAAGGCUGUACUGAUUGGUUCCAUCCAAACUGUAUAGACAUGACUCCAGAGGAAUCAAAAAGGCUUGACCAUUUCUAUUGUCACAACUGCUCCACUGAGGAUACUAAGAAGUUGCAGAAUUCUCAUGCUGCAUCAAGACAUCCAGAUACAAAGGUGGAUACAAAACGACGUAGGAGCGUGAUAAAACCGAAACAGGCAGUGGAGUAAUAACAUAUAAGCAAGCAGUUGAGUUGGUGUUAAAUAUUUUUAUACGAAAAUGGAUGGGUUUUAAGACAAUAUGAAGGGAUGCCAUUUAGUGGUCUUAGAAAGUGCAUUGCUGUCUUGUUCAUGUAUACUUCGAGAAAGGCGUCAAUGAUCAAGAGUCUGUAAUUAUGAUAGUUUUUUUUUAAUUGUUCACUGAGUAUUACCAUGUAUGCUUGCUUUCCAUAUGUGUGCUAU